CCGCGCUGUGUAGGCCUUGACCUUACUCUCCUCUCUCCGGCUUCUCCAUUUCGCCCUCUACGCUCUUCGCCCCAUCUGGUGUUCUAGUGAUCUAGGUGCUCCAUCACACUGCCUCCACUGUAUCAGUUUGUAAUCCAUAGUGUUGCUCUACAUCGCCUUCCCGAGCAUCUGUUGAUUUACGAGGUUUUUUGAGUUCCUUGAACUCUGUCUUAAGGUUGCAUGCUCUGUGGUUUCCUAGCCGAAGAGUGACUGUGCGUGCAGUUGGAGCUGGAGUUCGGUUACUGGGGUGUGAUACGGCUGUUGUAGCUAUGACGUCCGUGUCGCUCAAAAGCGUUGAGACGAUGUCGACAGUGAAAAUCUUGGAGGGGCAAGGUGCCAACAUGACUCCAACCAAGAUGGGUCUGUCGAAGAGAGUGUACCCUAUUCUUUCACUCAACCCGUACCAAGGGAAUUGGACAAUUAAAGUGAGGGUCACGAGCAAGAGCCCUCUCAGGACUUUCAAGAACGCACGUGGAGAUGGGAAUGUCUUCAACGUUGAGCUCACCGAUGAAGAUGGUACACAAAUUCAAGCCACAAUGUUUAAGGAGGCUGCUGACAAAUUCUAUGACGUUCUGCAACUGGACAAGGUAUAUUUCAUCUCCAAAGGCAGCUUGCGUAUGGCGAAUAAACAAUACGCUACCGUAAAAAACGACUAUGAAAUGACGCUCAACAGCAAUUCUGAAAUUGUAGAGGCGGAUAUUGAGAGUUCUACCUUCAAAUUGCCUUCUGCAACAUACAACUUCACUAAGAUUUCUGACCUUGGUCGGCACAUAAGUUCCAAGAGGUUUGUCGACGUUUUGGGAGUCGUCCAGAGUGUGGGGCCUUUAACGACGGUGAAUCGUAAAUCCAACAACGAUGAAAUUCCUAAGCGAGACAUCGUGCUCUUGGACCAAAGUCGCCAAACAGUAGUUUUGACGCUUUGGAACAACAUGGCCGUGAAGGAAGGGGCGUCUUUGGCAGACCUGAUCGCUGAAUCCCCUAUUCUCAUGGCUAAAGGGCUUCGUCUGAGCGACUUCCAAGGUGUAUCUCUUUCAUCCACCAUGAAUACCAUGGUUCUCAUCAAUCCAGUCAUACCAGAUGCAAACGAACUCCGCACUUGGUAUGAGGAGGAUGGACGGACUGCUUCCUUGACUCCUGCUGGGGCCAGCCUCCCAGGGGGUACGAACCAGAAUCGGUCCUCAUUUACAGACCGAGCCGUGCUUUCCGAUAUCAUUCAACCUAAUGUUGGUGAAGGCAAGCCGAUGUACUUCAAUGUGAGAGCGUACAUCAGCUUCAUCAAGCCAGACCAAGCUAUGUGGUACUUAGCUUGCCAAACUUGUAAUCGCAAGGUGGUGGAGCAGAGCAGUUCAAGUUACUGGUGUGAGGGAUGUCAGAAUCAUUAUGAUAAAUGCAGCCGCAGGUAUAUCAUGCAAGCCAAGCUAUCGGACUCUUCAGGAGAGGCCUGGGUUUCUGCAUUCAAUGAGCAGGCAGAAUCACUCCUAGGUGUUAGUGCAGACAAUCUCUCCGAGAUGAGGAAUCAGGCCGGCGAUGAUAACCAAUAUCAGAAUGCCGUAAGGAAGGCAAUGUGGCAACCGUGUGUAUACCGCAUCAGUGCUGCCCAGACGGAGUACAUGAGCGAAAAGCGACAGCGACUCACUGUACGCACAGUAGUGCCAGUCGACUGGGUUGCUGAAAGCAAGCACCUUCUGGCGAAAAUAACGAAAGGUUGAUCACUUGAUAGGAAACCAGUGUUGCAUGUCCGACGAACAGACAGCUACAAGCGGUGACUCUACUUUUGGUAUAAGAUGGAGUACGUCACGCCCCUUCUUAAAUGCCCUACUCUACUCCGCCGCCUUCAGAUUGAAACAAUAUCUGGUGGAUAAGAGCGACUUGCAGUCAGUGCUACAGAAGAAGAAAGUUAUCCAAUUUGCAGGCGAUCAUACUGUAGCCUUCCCUACCGGCUUCAAUUACCUCGAUAGUUCGAAAUAUAAAUGCGCCAAUAGACCACUGUAAAUAUUUAAGAUUGUUUACUCUUGUCUCCAUAGCCGGGCGAUCCAAGGAUAUCCCGAGCGUUCUAAUUUGAAGUAAAUCCAUCCAUGUGCUGUUGAAAUAUGCACAUACUUAUGGACAAAUCUCAUCCUC